AUGCAUGGCGGCGCCGAGGGAGCCCGCGGGCUCUGUGGUCGUCGACGUGAAUGACAACGAGGAGGAUGGCGGCGUCGUCAGACGACCAGUCGCGGCGUUGGCUCUCAAAUGUUCCGUGACGUGCAGAAAAGGUGACGACGCUGUCAGGAUGUUGGACUUAGCGGAGCACUGCCUCCGGGACCGCCGCGGCCUUAACGGAAGCGCCGAGUCGUGGGGUGAAGUGGAGGUGGCGACGGCUGGACGAGGAAGAGGAACCGGCCACCCCGCUUCCUGUCCAGCUGCCUGCGGGGCUCGAGUGUCAUCCGGGUCGACGGCUUCCGUCGGGCCGCCGUGCUCGGGAAAAGUAGCGGAGACGUGUCCUCGCUCGGAACCGCAGCCAGGCAUCAUGCUCAACGGGUGUGCUGACGACGGCGUCUCAGAAAGGCCGACGGCGGUCGUUAAUGGAGGCUGUCAUGCCGCCACCGAAGCCCGAGACAACCGCAGCGACCCGCCCGUCCUCGCGGACGCUCCCGAGCCGGCCCGUAGAGCCGCUGGACCGCCCUCAACAGAGCCGUCGGCCUCCUCCGAACUGAGCGAGGACGACACCUCGCCCUUCGAGGAAGAGGUGGACAGUGUCGAGCCUGACUGGGUCGUCAGGCCUCAGACGUUGAGAACCGAGGCGAACCUUAGCACGUCGCUCAGCUGCGACGCCACGCCGCUGUCGCCGUCGACCGCCGACCGGGGGGACUUCUGCUUCGGGGAGCAGGGCGGCGAAUUUCGGGGCGCUUUCGAGGCAGGCCGCCGGCAGAGUGCACCCGAAUCGGACCUCAGAGUGCAGGGCAACUGCGACGAGACCGGUCUCGCUCCCAAGAGGUUCGGAAUUGUUCACUUCUUCACCAGGAGCUGUUCCCUAUGAGAGCCAAAGAGCCUACACCGUUCACACGAUGCGCCAGGGUGGCGACUGUUUGGCAAGCCCAGAGAUGCAGGAGAAGGAGGAACUGUGUCCUCGUCCUCCACGGAGCAGGUGUCCUUUCGGCACCCCCCAGCGGCAGGCAGGAGGAAGAACUUGGACUUCGAGCCCCUCUCCACCACAGCGCUCAUUCUGGAGGUACGCUCCCCCGCUGAACCUUCCCGCCAAAUCUGAGGAGGAAACUCAAAGACACAAGCUCGAGUAUGAGGAGAUGGUGGCCGGGGCCAAGAGGAGAGAGUUGAAGGACGCACAGAAGAAGAGGCGUCAGAUGAAGGAGAGACAUCGACACGAGGACAGCAUCUCCAACGCCAUGGUGGUCUGGAACACGCACAUCCUGCCGCACUGGAACGCUGUGAAGGCCACACGUCGCGUGAGGGACUUAUGGUGGCAAGGCCUCCCUCCCGGCGUACGAGGACGCGUGUGGAGCCUUGCCAUCGGAAACGAGCUCAACAUCACGGGGGAGCUGUAUGACAUCUUCCUGUGUCGCGCCAAAGAAAAAUGGAGGAGCUACAGCGAGACCAGCUCGGUCAACAACGACAGCGAGAGCGACGGCGGCACAUCGCUGGCAGACAGAGAAUCCAGCCUGGAACUCAUCAAGCUGGAUAUCUCUCGAACAUUCCCGUCGCUCUUCAUCUUCCAGAAGGGCGGUCCCUUCCACGAUGUCCUCCACAGCGUGUUGGGAGCGUACACAUGCUACCGACCUGACAUCGGAUAUGUUCAGGGGAUGUCCUUCAUCGCUGCCGUCCUCAUCCUCAACCUGGAGGAGGCUGACGCCUUUGUCACCUUUGCCAACCUGCUCAACAAACCAUGCCAGAUGGCCUUCUUCCGCGUCGACCACGACCUGAUGCUGAAGUACUUCGCCGUGUUCGAGGUGUUCUUCGAGGAGAACCUCCCGCACCUCUUCAGCCACUUCAGGAGUAACAAGCUGACGCCUGACCUUUACUUGAUCGACUGGAUCUUCACGCUGUACAGCAAAUCCCUGCCUCUAGACGUGGCGUGCCGUGUGUGGGACGUCUUCUGCCGCGACGGCGAGGAGAGCCUUUUCCGGACGGGCCUCGGCAUCCUACGCCUCUUCCAGGACGUCCUGCUGCAGAUGGACUUCAUCCGCAUGGCGCAAUUCCUCAGCCGGCUGCCCGAAGACCUCCAGGCACACGCGCUCUUCGCCGCCAUGGCCGCCACGCACAUGAUCAGCAGGAAUCGCCGCUGGGCUCAGGUCUUCUCAUCACUGCCGAAAGACAAAAACAAAGAGACGGACAACAUCGGAAGCCCUGCUCUCAAAAGCUAAUGCUGGCCAACCCUAUAGUAGUGUCGUCGUAACCCUCCCAUCCAGCGGGACGCCGCCUCCGCCCCCCCCCCAAUACAUUUUGGCAUCUUGCGUUUUUUGUUGAUGUUUGAGGGCGUGAAAGAUUUUUUGGGCCCUGUCAAAGGAGAACAAAUGGACAUUGUUGAGUGACAUGCACAACCCACACAAUGAAAGCUGAGUGACAAAUUAAACAUGUUCUUUUUUUAAUGUCAUGCACACGCACGACAUGCAACUCGUAAUUGAGAGCUGUAUCCAUCUUGCGUGUAACUUGCUAAGUCGCUAGCACUCCUUGAGGACGGCUGCGCAGGCAUUGGCUGUAAAAGUUGUGUUGGUCACAUCUCCAAAAAAUCCAAGACCAUUUCAACUUUUUACAAUGGAACAAUUCAUCCAUUCACUAUAUUAGCAAAUAUGUCCAACUUCAAAACGUCCAAAUAGAUUUCAACUUCGAGAUUAUACUCUGAAAUCAGAUUCGGAUUCGCUUUUGUGUCUCAAGCAACAAGCAACAAGCAACAUUUUCACAGAGUCUCUAUUGCAAAACAAAGCGGUAACCGACUCAAUCAAUUCAUGGCCCACGCAAGUUGGUUUGCAGCUGCGGGAUGAAAGACGUAACCUGUUUUGUUCCCCUCACAAACAACACCAAAUCAUCAACAAUCACGAUUAAUGAACAAUCGUAAUGAUAAUGAUUUUGCUGCGUCAAGCAAAACUUGCCAAAGUCAGUGUGGAAAGUCCAAAGUGUAAGUGAAGCAGGUAGCCUCGUGGUCCUCCUCGCGGGUCUGACGUUUUGUCCACUAACGAGCACUCCAUGAACUGGCAACAAAGACACCGCUAGGACCCACCUGGCAACCGCCCAACCAGUCCCGAGUGCUUGUUGUCACACUCCCAAUCAGGAGGGAGCCGCGUCCAGCUAGGAAAGAUUUGAAUGACGAGAAGUUGACAGUCAUUCGUCAAUCAUGCAUUGUGAUUUGAGCAAUUGGAUGUUUUGGUGAAACCCCAUGGAUUGAAGUCACACAAUUACGUUCGAUUCAAACUUGUUUUUUUUCCCCCAAACAUCGGGACAAUGCUUUUGAGCAUCUCUUUUAUUGUAAACUUGUAAUGUACAGUUUUUUUCUAACGCUUUAAAGGUUAUGUAAAUAAAGCACAGAAGAAUCACAAAAAUG